AGCUCUGAGAAGCUACCACACACACACACACGCACCGCGCACGAACGCACGCGCGCACCCCCUGAAGGCCAGCUGCCUGUGCCCGUGCGCCGUCUCGCCGGAGCUUGGCGUUGGAACGAGACCGGGAGCUUGCGGGCUUCGCGUACGUUACACGAGCUCUCAGCUGGUUCUCCGGCCGGGCUUGCUUGUUUGGCCGUGCGCAGCGCGCCGAGUGACAUGACGACGAGCCAGGACGUGGUUGUUUCGGAGAUGGGCAUUGGGGCGGGUGGGGCGGCCAUGCCGGGCUCCGGCGCCGCGGGCCUCUUCGCGUGCCGCAGCGCCGCCAGCGCCGGAGCCAUGUCCAUGCGGCAGACGUACCGCGACCUCGCCGCCGCCGCCUCGCGCUCCGCGAACUGCACAUGGGCCGAGCUCGAGGCCAUGCGCGCCGCCUCGCCCACCCGCUCCCGCCCCGGCACCGACGUCGACGAGCUCACGGCCUGGAUGAGGAAGCACCCGUCGGCGCUAGGCAAGUUCGAGCAAAUCGCCAGCGCGUCCAAGGGGAAGAAGAUCGUCAUGUUCCUGGACUACGACGGCACCCUCUCGCCCAUCGUCGCCAACCCCGACGCCGCCUACAUGAGCGACGCGAUGAGGGAGGCGGUGCGCGACGUUGCCAAGCACUUCCCGACGGCGAUCGUGAGCGGGCGGUGCCGCGACAAGGUGCACAACUUCGUCGGCCUCUCCGAGCUGUACUACGCCGGCAGCCACGGCAUGGACAUCAAGGGGCCAGGCUCCAAUCCGGAGUCUGUGCUGUGCCAACCUGCAAGCGAGUUCCUCCCCAUGAUCGAUGAGGUGUACAAGGUGCUUGUGGAAAAGACGAAGUCCACACCUGGAGCCAAGGUGGAGAACAACAAGUUCUGCCUGUCCGUCCACUUCAGAUGUGUGGAUGAAAAGAGAUGGAACUUCUUGGCUGAGCAGGUCAAGGCCGUGAUCAAGGACUACCCCAUGCUGAAGCUCACCCAAGGGAGGAAGAUCUUGAUCAAGAUCGGAACCUCCAUUUGUUUACAGGUCUUCGAGCUCCGGCCCAGCAUUAUGUGGGACAAGGGCAAGGCGCUGGAGUUCUUGCUUGAAUCGCUAGGAUUCGCCAGCUGCAGCGACGUCCUGCCGGUGUACAUCGGCGACGACCGCACCGACGAGGACGCCUUCAAGGUGCUGAGGAAGAGGGGCCAGGGCGUGGGGAUCCUGGUGUCCAAGUGCGCCAAGGAGACCAGCGCGUCCUACUCGCUGCAGGACCCGGCGGAGGUCAUGGAGUUCCUGCUCCGGCUGGUGGACUGGAAGCGGAGGUCGUCGGCGCCGCCCAUGGUCCGGCCGCGGGUGUAACCCCGGCCGGCCCACCAGCUAUAGCCUAGCACAGAUCCAAGACGCCGGUCGGGUCGACCACCGGUCAAUCCAGCUCGUCGCGAUCGGUGUCCCGUCAUGCCAACACUACCCCACCCCCACCCCACCCCACCCCGCCCAAGUUUUCUCUGAUGGUUCUCUGGUGGCCUCCGGAGCGGACCCUGCGGUGGUUACGUGCAUGUUCUUCGGUCGAGCCCCCGUGGAAAACGAUCGGAGGCCCACGCAGCUCGCUCGCUCGCUUGCUCCCGAACAGCACGCCUUGUGCUGGGGGCUGCAGCAGCUACCAUGCAUAUAACACAGUGACCGACCGACCGUGUCUACCUAGCCACUACUGCUGGUCUACUAGUACUCUACUGUACUCCCUUGUUGUUUUUUGUCCCACGGGCUCGGAAGGCACAUGCAAAGCUACCUGCCGUUCCCAGACCCGGCCGGCCUUGACGAGAAAGAAGGUUCUCCGUGUUAUUCACCCAUGUAACUAGCUAGGAUCGCCCUCUGUCCAGCGUUCAAUUGUCGUCUAUGUAAAAUGCAGUAAUGGAAUCAGUUAACAGUGAUUAUUUCCUACUA